AUGGCUGACACGGACUCGUGCCCGGCCGCAAUACAACGUGAUCUUCAAACUCCUGCAGUAUCUGCAUCUCGUAGGUACUCUUUACCUCCAGUUGGAGAAUUGUGUGCACCUGAGAUCAGUCCACCGGCUAUUGCAUCUGUUUUUACCAAAUUCUCGUUGUCGCCCAUUAACACCAGCGAUGAAUCUAUGUCCGAACGAGAAGCACUGGACCAGUCCUCGUUUCACCCAUUACACAAAAAGUUGCGCACCGAGUCACCUGGUGCAUGCACUUAUGCGAUCCGUCCGCAAAAUCAGGAAUUGGAUGCAACCGUUCCAUUGGAUGAUACAUGUCCGCUAGCUGAGGAGUCCGCAAAUGUGCAUGACGAGGGGAAACCCGAGAAGGAACUGGGGUCACGUCCAAAACCUUUAUUCGACAUGUUCCGACAUCAGUCCACCCCCAUGGUACCAACGCGGUCGAAGCCUUUCAUGUGUCCGGCAGUUGCAUCACCGUUGCCGGUUGCGCCUUCAACACAACCCGAGUGCAAACCCAGUCUUUCACGAUGUGCGUCGGUACCCGUGGAAACCUUUUCAGAAAGUCUUGGUCGUUGUCUGAAUGCUUUGGACAGUCAUUACCUUCGUUUCGAAGACCGUCGUCCUCGCGCUUUGCCAGUAGUCGAUCGUACAGCUUCAGGUUUGCAUUGUGUCUCAACUGAGACUGUGGCCGGACUAGUUUCGGGAUCUGUUACCGACCGGAAUGUGCGCCACGUAAUUGUUGAUUGUCGUUUCCCUUACGAAUAUGAAGGGGGUCACAUACAAGGUGCUAUUAACAUAUUCACACAUAGCGAUCUUGUGCAGGAAAUUUUCAACCGUGUCCCCGCACAACGUCCUCCCGGCGUUUCCGGUCCGCCUAGACUGUUGGGAGAAGGCCUUUCCCGUCGUCUGGCAAUGACGUUGAAAGAACCGUUGUCAGCACCCUGUGAGACAGUUUCCGAUGAUGAUUCUUUGCUGGACAGUGAUGCAAUGGGGCAAACAACUGCCGAUACCUCUGACUUGGAACUCGCGGCGGAGCAUUCUAGUCAUUCAGCCCUGGUCGAUAGCCCAAGCAGUCGAUCUGAGCCAGAUAUGAGUGUUUUGAGUCAAGGGAGCGGACCAUCUUCAUCCAAUUCCCAGGAACCUGCGUUUGUGGUUAUAUUCCAUUGUGAAUUCUCAUCACAGCGCGCUCCAGACCUGUGUGUCAUGAAGAAAAAAUUAUACUAUAGCUUGCUAUUUGAGAAAGAUGAGCUACUAAAACGCCUGAUUUCUUCGGAACAUGAUAUCCUCGAGGACUUGUGUUGCCCCAAGAAUUAUGUGAAAAUGUUUCAUCGAGACUAUCGCAGUCAACUCCGUUUGUACAAGCGCCUGACGAAACGUGUUAGUUCGGCCUGUUUGGCUUGCAUUCGACCGCAACAACACUUACUGAACUCAUCAGAUGACAAAAUUAAAGAAACCGCUGGCUCGGACGCCAUGAACAGCUUCGGGCAAAUAUGUGUUCCUCCGUCGCAUCCGGCCAUGAUUGCCGCGAAUAAUCUGGGUUCGGCUUCAUCGGCACCAGAACCUGUGGAGACGUCGGUCACUACGAAAGCGCGUCUGGCAAUGAUCGAUUCGAUGAUGCGACAAGCCAGCUUACAACAGUAUAAUGACCCAUGGGUUGGAAUAGAUGACGAUAAGGAAAACGCAUCUCCAGAAGUUGUGGUUCGAGUCGGUCGUCGUGUUAUUGCGGCAACUCUAUCUUCGGCUGACUCAUCCGCAGCUCAGCUGCUUCACAAGUUCUCCCAACCCGCGGACGCAAUCGAACGUGCCGUCAUUCCCCUUAAGCGUCGAAACACGGUUUGUGAGCUUGGUGGACCAACCAACCGAGCAGUUCAGCCACGUGCUUUGAAACGUGGACCUCCCGCUCUGCCCAACCCGUUCGCCCUGGAAUCAGAUGAGCCGAACACACCAGCCCCGCGUGGACUACGACGAGUACAAACACUCCAAUUCACUCCACUCCAAAAUGGUUCCUCCUUAAAACGGUCAGGCUGGUUCCAUUCACAAACUCCCAGUGCCGCUCCUGUAGCUAUGGUUAGUUCUGUCCAACCAGGUCUUUCCACUACUCCUACUCACUUUUGA